AUGCCAUCACGAAUGAAAAGACGGAGAAGAUUUGUACUGUCUACCCUUGAGCAGCUGGAGGCCGAAGUGGAUGAACACGAUGACAAACCACAAUGUUGGCCUAAAUACCAGCGUCCGCCUACUAAUUCCUGGACUAAACUACCAGAGUCGAAGGAGGCCAACCUGCCAGCCUUCCUCAAUACUUCAGAUUUUCCUGCUCUGCAGAGAAAACAAACUCCUCAAGACGAGGUCCAGUGUAACGCACGGAAGAGACGGAAGAGAAACAAGAACUCUGGUCUCAAAACCAGAUUUGGGUUGACGCUGCCACAAGCCAUCCCCGAGUGGCCGAUUGAACCUGACAGUGAUGAGGACCUUGAAACCACGGAAAUAGAGCCAGAGUCAGAGCCUAGAGAGGGACCCAAACUGGGGCCCAUAAAUGGACCCGAGCUGGAGCCCAGAGACAGACCCAAGCCAGAGUCUGAAGAUGGACCAGAGGUGGAGCCCAGAGAUGGACCAGAGCCAGUCUGA